CUCACCUUUAUUCAUUAUUCUCCAUAUCUCCUCCCCUCCCUCCUUUAGCUCCUCCAUGUCUAGUUUUUGUCCUCUCCUCCUUGUUCUAUAUCUCGGUCCAUUGCUCCUGUCCCUCCUCCCUCCUUGUUUCUCCUUCAACUCCUCUUCCGAAUUUUUCUGCUCCUUAUUUUUCUCUUUCCUCUCCUCUUCCUUCCUCCCCCUUCCCUGCCUCCCCCUCCUCCUCCUCCUCCUCUGGAGGACAAAGACUAAAAUGGGUCAUCCUCUGGAGAACAUCGCCAGCUUAAGCAUCAUCUCCGCCUCCUGGAGGAGAGAGCAGCUGAAUCACACAUUUGUUGCUCUGAGACAUCCAUCCUGAUUGCCCUUUUUCACGUUUAUUUAAAUUUUAUUUUUAAAUCCCAUUCGCUCUGUGCUCUGAAUGACUGCAGCCUCUCAUCACCUCACUGGAACAGACUCAGCUCGGUGAAGACGAACCUCCAGAACUCGCUCACACACCGACUCAUCAGACUGAGCGCUGGCCGAUGAAAGAUGCUGAACGCGGGGCAGCGUUGAUCAAAAAUCCUUACUGAAACAGCGGUGUCUGACUAAAGUCCUACGGUGUGGACUGUGGACCUUCAGAACGCUCAGUGUCUGAUGGAGGACGGUUCACGCCGAGGCCUUCAUCCUGAUCAUUUCUGACCGGAGACUCUUUCAUCUACAGCGGCCAUGUUUCCUCCACCUUUCGGUCCACCCUGGAGGACUCUGCUCAUCAGCACCAUCGCCGUCAUGACGGUGGUGACCUCACUUCCUCUCGCGUCAGCUGCGGACCCAGAGAUGUGUUACUCCAGACAGCACCAGAGCGUGAAAGUCAACAUCAGACAGGCUUUAGGAAGCCCGGGAACGCUGCUGCUCACCAGGCUGGUGGCUUCGGAGAGAGACUGUGUCCUGGCCUGCUGUUCACAGGAGGUUCAACCAGGAGCCAGGUGCAACAUGGCCGUCUUCAACGGCAACAAACACAGCGAUGAUCAGAACGAUGGAAACUGUCUCCUGUUCCACUGUGCUAGUGAAGAGGACUGUCCGUUGAUGAAGGUUCAGCCUGGUGUCAACACCUACGACAUCUACAAAGGGUUGAUUCAUCCGACCACAGCGAGACCUGUCUCCACAACAACUACCACCGAGAUCACAACCGUCACCACCGCGCAGCCUACGACCACUACGACAACCGUGACAACCCCCCCAUCUGCAACAACAACACCAAUCGCAACAACAACCGCAGAGCCGACCACAACUACCACAGUCGCCGCACCGGAAGCUGACAUCAUCACGGUACCCCAGCCCAUCGUCGUCAUGGCUACAGUGCCCGCGGUAACGUCGUCACUGACACCAAUCGCCACAACAACCGAGACUCCCGUCGUAAUCAACAGAAAGACAAACAAAACCACCAAGAAGCAAAGUAAAACCACCAGGAAAGGUAAAAACCAUCCAGUGAUCACCACCACUCAGCCUCCUCUGAGCUCCACGACCUCAUUUGCUGUGGCAACGCUGCUGCAAGAGGAGGAAGAGACCGAACAGUGGACGACUGUCACAACAGAGACAAGUGCUGAAACCACCACUGUCCCCACCACGACUACAGCAGCGGCUCCAACCACCACUAUCGCUACUCCUACAACUACAACUACAACUACCACACCUGCUCCUCCACCUACCACAACCACUACUACUGCUACUAUUACUCCUACUACUACACUCCUACUACUACUACUACUACUACAACCAUUGCUACCAGCACUCCAAAGCCAUCCACCACCACCACCGCUCUGGCAACAAGCCUCAUCAUUGUUCCUGAGGAACCCAAGCAAAACUCUGAGAACGCCCCCCAGGGGAAAUCAGUGGCAAUACGGGGGGCGCUGAAGAGCGGCUUAGUGGCUUUCAUGGUGCUGGGGCUUGCCUUGCUGACGUUAGCUUUGGCCGUGGGAGGGCGUAAAGCAAUGGAGUCAUUUGACAGGCGACAUUACACGAGACUGGAGCUUAAUGACCUGCACUACGAGGUUUAAGAAUGGACAAGAAUGUUUCAGGAUAGAGAAUUAGCAUCGGCUAGUCCCAACAAUGCCAGCACAGAGAUGUUCAGCACUGAAAUAUGAAUUCCCCCUCACACAUAUGUUUUUGUCAUGUGUGGAAAAACCUUAAACAAUUUGAUUGUACUUGGGUUUUUUUUCUCUCAGAUUUGUUUUACCACAUUUUAAAUAUUUGAUUGUGUCUAUACAACAAUAACGUCACAUAUUCUCACAUUCAGGCUGAACGUAAAAAGGUUUGAGUUUGUGUAGAUUAAAUUUUUUUUUCCGUUUCCCAUCUUCUCAGGCGAAUUGUCUGCUAACCUUUUAAAUUUUAUUCACAUAAUUUAUUCGCUAACAUUGACUGCCACAGGAGGAUAUAAAUAUUAAUAUAAAUUAAUAUUUAAAUUAAUUUUUUACUUGGCAUAUUUGAUCUCCAGAAGCAAAAGAUGCAAACAUACCAGUAUAUUAGCAUCGCCUGCAGAUGGUUUAUUAUCAAAACCAGGUAACUUAAAUAAUUAAAUCCAAAAGAAAAUGUUGCAGUUAUUUCGAGGCGAUUCCGUACUUCUUAUUAGGUUCACAUUGUAUACAAAGAUAUUUCGAAACUUCUCAUUAUAACGACUUGAACUUUCACCACCUGUGAUUUUCCUGUUUUACCAUUGUUCGUAAAACGAGC